UAACCCCGCGCCCCGGCGAUCUCUGUGAACCUUGUUUUCCUCGGCGUGGAGUGAGCGGUGACUAGGUCCUUCCUUCUGAGCAAGGGAAGCCGCGGCCAGCGGGCAGCGGCAGAGGGCAGACAUGGAGAUGACGGCGGUGAGCAUCCGCUCGGCUGAGCCUUCCCAAUCUGGGGUGGGCUUGCGUGAAAGGGGCACCUUUGUCCCCCCAUGAAGUGCCAAGUAGCCUAGCAGCAUCCCUAGCCUCUCUCUCAUGAUGGCUUUCCCUUCCCAGUUCUGCAUCCAGAACUCUGCCUUUCCUGGAAACGAAGAGGAGAAAAAUGACCAAGUUCCGGGAGGCAGUGACGUUCAUGGACGUGGCUGUGGUCUUCACAGAGGAGGAGCUGGGGCUGCUGGACUCAGUCCAGAGGAAGCUGUACCGAGAUGUGACCCUGGAGAACUUCCGGAACCUGGUUUUAGUGGGGCAUCAGUCCUGUAAACCUGAUGUGAUAUCCCAGUUGGAGAGAGAGGAAAAGCUUUGGAUGACGGAGAUCCAAACUCAAAGAGGCAGACAUUCCACAGAGAGCUCUGCAGCGGGAGUCCCUGAAGGAGACAGGUAUGAAAAUGAGCUGGAGAUUCUUCAUGAAGCAGGAGUAAGGUGCCUUUCAUUGGGAGGGUAUUCAUGCUGGCAAAUCAAGAGACAUGUUGUGAGUAAAUUAACAAAAAGUCAAGAUUCCAUGAUACAUAUUGAAGAAAAGAUGUUCCCCAAACAACCUAGUUCCCCCUGUCAGGUGGGAAUGGGAAUAUCCAUGCAGGCUAAUGUGGAAGACAGCUGUGUAAUGACUCUUACAGAGAAUCAUUCCAUUAUUAAUGAAAAUCAAGGAUUUCCAACAAGGAGAGCUCAGAAUUCUUGGAAUAAAACAUAUCUGAAUGAGACACAGAAUUAUCAGGGAAGUUGUAAGCAGAUGCUAAUGAAAAACAAGUUCUGUGUAUUUGUUCCACAGGCUAACAUCUUCAGUUAUAAUUCUCACCCCCCAGAUGAUGAUACAGCACACAAGAGAGAUCACGCUCACAGUAAGAAAGAUUGUGAUAAGGACACUGCAAAGGUGUCCCCUCUUGUCCAGUUCAGUGUAUUCCACACAGGACAGAAAACCUACCAGUGUAAUCAAUGUGAAAAAGCAUUCAGUGACUGCUCCAGUCUUGAGGUCCAUCAGCAAGAACACUUGGGAAAGAAGUCCCUUCCACAUACUACACAUCAGGAUACCAGGUUCAACUCAGCCAUUCCAGUUCAACAACACAUUCACACAGGGAAAAAACGCUAUUGGUGUCAUGAGUGUGGAAAGGGUUUUAGUCAGAGCUCAAACCUGCAAACUCAUCAGAGAGUUCACACAGGGGAGAAACCGUAUUCGUGCCUAGAAUGUGGUAAGAGCUUUAAUCAGACCUCCCACCUUUAUGCUCACUUGCCUAUUCACACAGGAGAGAAGCCUUAUAGAUGUGAAAGUUGUGGGAAGGGCUUCAGUCGUAGCACGGAUCUGAACAUUCAUUGCAGAGUUCACACUGGAGAGAAACCUUAUAAAUGCGAGAUCUGUGGAAAGGGCUUCACUCAGAGAUCACACCUUCAGGCCCAUGAGAGAAUCCACACUGGAGAGAAACCCUAUAAAUGUGCAGAUUGUGGUAAACGUUUCAGUUGUAGUUCAAAUCUCCAUACCCAUCAGAGAGUGCACACUGAAGAGAAACCAUACAAAUGUGAGGAGUGUGGGAAGUGCUUCAGUUUGAGCUUUAAUCUCCAUAGUCAUCAACGAGUCCACACAGGAGAGAAACCAUAUAAAUGUGAAGAGUGUGGUAAAGGCUUUAGCUCAGCCUCAAGUUUCCAAAGCCAUCAGAGGGUUCACACAGGAGAGAAACCGUUUCGAUGCAAUGUGUGUGGUAAAGGCUUUAGUCAGAGUUCAUAUUUUCAAGCCCAUCAAAGAGUCCACACUGGAGAAAAACCCUACAAAUGUGAGGUGUGUGGGAAGCGCUUCAACUGGAGCUUGAAUCUUCACAAUCAUCAGAGAGUCCAUACAGGAGAGAAGCCAUAUAAAUGUGAAGAGUGUGGGAAAGGUUUCAGUCAGGCCUCAAAUCUUCAAGCUCAUCAGAGUGUCCACACUGGGGAGAAGCCAUUCAAAUGUGAUGCGUGUCAGAAGCGAUUCAGUCAGAGUUCACAUCUUCAAGCCCAUCAGAGAGUCCACACUGGAGAGAAACCAUAUAAAUGUGAUACCUGUGGUAAGGCCUUCAGUCAAAGGUCAAAUCUUCAAGUCCAUCAGAUCAUUCACACCGGAGAGAAACCAUUUAAAUGUGAGGAGUGUGGGAAAGAAUUCAGCUGGAGUGCUGGGCUCAGUGCUCAUCAGAGGGUCCACACAGGGGAGAAACCCUAUAUGUGUCAGCAGUGCGGGAAGGGCUUCAGUCAGGCAUCACAUUUUCACACACAUCAGAGGGUCCACACGGGAGAGAGACCUUACAUAUGUGAUGUUUGUUGCAAGGGCUUCAGCCAGAGAUCACAUCUUGUAUAUCAUCAGAGAAUCCACGCUGGAGGGAAUCUAUAGAAGUGUGUGAUAGCCUUUGGUUAGAUGUCAUCUCUCUGUCCAUUAGAAGGUCUCUGCUGGUAGCUGUGGAAAGCUCCUUCAGAACUCAGAAGCUUCGAGGGACUGUGCCAGGAAAGCAGCUCUAUGAAAUGUUUUAAGAACUCAGUUGGGAGAUGAUCCUUUGUAAACGUCAGGUUUCACACAUAAGAGAAAACUGGUUUUAUAAAUGUGGUAAGUGGUUAAAGCAGUUUUGAAUGUCCCAGUUCUAAAGAUGAACACAACAGAAUCUUGUAUUUCAUUGGAGUCUAUGGAGAAGAGAGGGCUUAUAAAUGAAGAUUAUAUACAGGAUUCUAACAAAAGUAUGAUGGACAGAUGAAAUUGAUGUAAACUAAAACAUAACCUCCACAUGUGUGGGGUGUUUUUCACCACUGUUUCUCUACCUUGUAGAACUGCUUGGCAUGUACUAGGUGACCAGCAAUUACUCAACAAAGUGAAGAAAAUCACUAUAGUCAGGAUAAAUGUGUGAAAAUCUAGUCAGUUCCCUACUAUAAAUUCAUCACAGCAUACUCAAAAAGAAUAAUAUAAUGCUGCCAUCCACAAUAACACAAACUAAUUUCAACAAGACUUCUGAAUGGCUCCCAUCCCCCAUUCAGCCUCAUUUCAUUGCUCAGUGUCUUAUCUGUGUGAAAAGUGUACUAUUUAAUUAUUAGUUUGUAUUUUAUAGACUGAAAAGUACUGUGUUUUUCUCCCAUCUAAUUAUGGUGAAUUUAUAUAAUUGGAAAUUUUGAACCCUAAUUCAUUAAGGUACAGUUUUACCAUAACACUUUGAAAAUGUUAAAAGUAGUUACUAAUGACAAAAAAUUUUAGUAAACUUGAAUUGUUAAUAAUUGGUUUCUUCUCAUUAUUUUCUGCAAGCUGAGGUCAGAGUACCUUGUCUAUGCACGGUCUUUCUUCCAUUCAGACCUCUUUAGUUAGGGGGCUUUGCAGACUUCAAAGACAUUAAUUUUGUCACAUUCCACCCUCAUUAUUCUUGCUAAAAUAAGGGGGCAGGAAGCAGGACAAGAAACUUGAUUGAUUGAAAUUCAUUAAAUGUAACCAUUUAGAUUGUCAUUUUCAUAGCAUUCUGUGUUCAACACCUCUUUGGAGAAGUGAACAACAUUAGCUGGUCAGUAUGUAUCAAAACACCCUUUGACCUAGCAAUCCUAGCUUAGGAGAGUGUAGAUAAAGUGAGACAAAUCAUACAAAAAGAUGUUUGUAUUGAAUUUUUAAGAAAAGGAAAUAGGUAUCUAUGAAAUAUUUGAAUAAAUGCGUUCAAAUAUACAGGCACGAAAAAAUGUGAUUUAAUGGAGAGUAAUGGUGGCCUGAGAAGACCUCAGGGCGUCUUCUUAACAUUACACCAUAUUGGAAAGCUGUAUAAUUCAGCAAAGGAUUCUCUGCUCAAUCAAUACAAACAUGUCUGAGAGAGCCACACAUUGAGGUAGGACAUACUGAGGCAACAGUGAAUAUGGCAGGGGUGGGGACGCAAAGGCUAAGGACAGAAGCUGUGCCUAGUCUAGCACUUGCUGCAGACCACAAUGGACGCCAUGACAUUUAAGGAUGGAGUAGAAGCCCCACUGGGAAAACCACAGGGGCAGAGACCAACAACUGGACCUGGGCAUCACACACAUUGUGGCUAGGUCCAGGGUUGGGGUCAGGAAAGCAGUGCAGAGGACUGCAGCAUUCUACAGCCCACCAGUACCAGACAAGGAUUUCACAGAUUUGGGAACCCACCCACCCUAUCACCGCACCCUGGCUUGUUGGGUACAGAGAGAAUGCUGAAAACAACUUUCCAUCUAAGUGGGCUGUACCCAUUGUGGCCAAGUCCCCUAUGAUGACAGAGCUGUGGAUGUGUGAUCUCACUUCCCAAGACAAUCCCUCCCCCACCCAUCAAAGAUGCAGUGUAGAGGCAGCCAGGUAAACUCAGUAGCUUUGUCAGUGGCUUUUGCCUUCCAGGAAGGUGAUACUGGGAACACACAGGAGACCCAUAGCCCACCACUUCAAUCCACAGGAGUUGUGCCCUGAGACUGAGGUGACUGGCUUGCAAAAGGGACACACCACUUCCUCAGGGAAGAUGGGGUGUACCCCAGAGAUCCUGGAAACCCCAGCAGUGCAAUAAAGAACACAAAAGCUUGUGUUUCAGCACCACCUACAAGAAAACAAAGAUUUCUGCAUAUCAACCUGCUAUACAAUGAAGUGUCAAAUACAUGAAGAAAUUUUCAUUCCCACAACUGUCCAGGCAGAGAAAUAAUUCAAGCACAAUAAAUAACCAAGGUAACAAAGGAAGGAAAAUGUAACAUCUCCAGAAAAUAAAUGUAAAGAAAUGGAAGUAUGUGAUUUAUAUGACAGAGAAUUGAUUUCAGUUCUGAAAACACUCAACAGGGUAUAAAAGGCAGUUCAAUUAACUCAAAAGUCAAUGAACAAAAGGCAUGCUUCACCAAAGAGAUUGAAAGUAUUAAAAAAAAA